CAACAUUACAGAAGAAUAGAGCAACUCUUCAAACAAUCUCUCUCCUAUAGGUGGUAGAAAUGGAAGGCAGCGAAAGUGAAGCGGUAUUCGAGGCUUUAAACCUAAAACCUCAGCUCUUCAUCAACGAAUCCCUCAAUAUUGUCGACGAAUUAAUCGAUGGCGCUUUCCAUCAUUUUCACUUGGAAGCGUCGAAUUUGCUGAAGACUGAUGGCACCGACAGAUCUGAAGAUCUACAAAAGGGUAUUGAUAGCAUUCGAAAUACAAUUCAAGCAUCUCUGGAUAAGAGACUUAUUAUGUGGGAGCAAUACUGUCUUCGCCACUGUUUCACUGUUCCUAGUGGGUUUUCAUUACCUUCUGAGGAUGAAGUAUCUGGUGAUGAUCUUAUGGACCAAGAUGAUCCUAAGGAUGAGCAGGUAGAAGCACAACUUGCUGAUCUAAGGAAUAAGCUUGCAGAGGCUGGGAAAGAGUGCGCUGAAUUGAACCAAGAAUUGCAAGAAUUAGAAAGAAAAUCUACCAUGAGCAACCAGUAUAUCUCAUCUGUGAAUGAAACAUUACAACUGUAUGAGAAAAGUUCUGAACAUGACAUGUUCCAAGAGCUUAUGAAUGUUGCAUCUGAACUCCGCCGUAAAAUGGAGCAGCUGAAGAGUAAAGAGAUUGAAGACAGUAGGAGGGAGAGGGAAAAUGAUGCAAAUGGAGAUAUCCCCACACUCAGCGACAGCAUUGGUCUUUUCAAGGUGGAGUUGGAUGAACUUGAGGAGAUCAAGACCAAGAUGAACUCUUGAAUUUCAGGUGUCAGAUCAGGGAUAAGAUUAGGUUUGUAAUCAAACAAAUUCAAUCCAAACUAUUGGAAUUGUAGUAGAAAGUACAGGCUUGAGUAUGAUUAAUCCGCAGUAUGUCUGUAAUCUGAUGCGUGUCAGUAUUUCAUGCAAUCAAUGUGUUUGUUUGGCAUGAUUAUCUGUUUCUUGAACUGUAAAACUUGUUUAACUUGAUUACAGGAAGUUUAAGUUACAGUAUUCA